AUCCAUCAUGGCGGAUGAAGUAUGCGAAGGAGAUUCAGGGGAACUUCUGGCAUCAAAGCUCGGAACUAAAGAAUUCUGGGAUGAAGCCUACUCUGCAGAAUUGGAUAAUUUUCAUGACACUGGUGACGUUGGAGAAGUCUGGUUUGGAGAAAGCAGCAUGAACAGAAUAAUUAAAUGGAUCAAAAACUGUCCAAACAUAAGAAAGACAUCACUGUUUUUAGACUUAGGAUGUGGAAAUGGCAUUCUUCUGGUGAAUCUGGCUCGGCACGGCUACACAAGCUUGAUUGGUGUGGAUUAUUCAGAAGGAGCAGUCAACUUAGCCAAAUCAAUUGCAGUAGCAGAACAAGUCAAAAUUAAAUUUCUGGUCUGUGACAUCUUAAACACAUCAGAGAGUAGUGCCUUGUGCACUGGCAAGAAAUUUGAUGUGUGCCUGGACAAAGGAACUUAUGAUGCAAUCAGUCUCAAUCCAGAAGAUGCCAAGGGCUGCCGGGUAAAGUACAUUGACAAUGUUUUUAGUCUGCUGGCAGAUGGUGGACUCUUCAUCAUCUGCUCCUGUAACUGGACAAAGACUGAGCUACUUGAGCAGUUUAAAGACAAGUUUGAAUUUUUAGAAGACCUCCCUGCACCUUCUUUGUCAUUUGGCGGUCAGACAGGAAGCACAGUCACAACUCUGGUAUUUAAAGCAAGAAACACGUGACAACAUGGGCAGUCACACUAAAAGUUGUUACCACUGGCACAUGGUACAUAGUGUAACGUGUACUUAAAAACAAAGCCAUUCUAAGGAACACGAGUUGUUGAUCCCUUUUGUUACUGAACUGAAGGAGGUCUGGUAACGAGUUCGGUCUACCCUGAUGAUUUCACAGAAAAUAAGGAAUGAAGCCAACCUGGCUCGCCUGUAGUUACCAGUGCCUUCCAUAGGAAUGUGGGGUACAGUACUGGAAACUAGGAUUAUGUUGAUUUUAUGAGAAGGAGAACCAAUGAACUGAAAAACAUUGAAAAAAGACUCAGUGCAUCAAUUGUAUUAUCGUGAUUGUUGAAAAGAUAUGUUUGGUCAAUGGAAAGCUCUCGAACACAACGGAAUGAAUUUACUUCGUUUUAUUUUUGCGAAAAAAGAGCUUUAGGGAAUAGGUUAUUUGCAACUGUUAAGUUGGCAUUGGAAUUGAAAGUAUGAAAAAGAAACUACAAUAGCUGUAUGAGGUAAUUUGAGUUAUUUUUAGAAUAAAGGAAAAUCUUAAUGUGUACAACAAAACUUCACUGU